CAUGUCAGACGAGGCUUUGCGACAUUUUGUCUCGACUUAGUUAGAGAGAGCAAUCCUGCUAAUAAUCCUGCCUCGCGUUGUUGCCCUUCUUUACUCUCUUGCCCUCUUUUUCCCCAAGCUUCCAAUCCUCAGCCUCGUGCGCCACUUUUUCUCGCCAAACCAAAGUAAAUUAUAGCGGCUGAACAGUCCUGGUAUAAAAACACGACGAAAUUCAGUUGCAUUAGCCAUGUCGACUCCGGAGCCACUUCCCAACCCCCAGCGUGUCAUUACCGACACCGAUCUCGAGACCGGCAUCUCGCACUUCAAUACGACGCUGGACGAAAGUCUGGCGGUCAAGCAGGAUCUCGGAGGUUCCUUGUUCCGUCUGGGCUACAUCACCGACAAGACCCCCAACACGCUCGAUGGCACCGAUCUCACCAACUACACUGAGUACCUGGAGAAUGCCAGCGUGCCUCCCGUCACCCUCCCCGAUGGCCGUGGCAUGAUGUGGUACAUUGACACCCCUCCUGGUAACGGAAGUCCUUUCCACCGCACCUUAAGCUUCGACGUUGUUAUCCAGGUCGCGGGCGAGAUCGAAGUGACGCUCGAAUCUGGCGAGAAGCGCAUCCAGAAGCCGGGUGACAUGCUCAUCCAGCGCGCUACCGCUCACACUUGGAGAAACCCCAGCAAGGACAAGUGGGCACGCAUGGUCGGUAUCAUGUACUCGAGCAACCCUGUGGUUCUCAAGAACGGCACCGAACUUGGUCCUACCGGACUUUAGUCGCCUCAUUAGCAAUAGUAUAGUCUAUAUUGUGCCUACAUAGGACAACUAAUAUUAUUUUGAGCUCACUUUUUUUUCCCCCGUGCCGAAGCAUCUAGAGUGACAAUAGAUUUCAUAUGCCAGCGAAACAACGUCGUCAAGUACUGCCAGUACACUUGCUAGUUCGUAUGCGCAAAAGCACC